GCUACAGCAGCUCAACUUCAAGUGUCUUUUAGGUGACAUUUUCUCACAUUUUAUUUAUAAUUUAACAUUUUUUUUGGUUUGGAUGCUUUUUUUCAAAUGCUGCAUUCAAACUCCAAGAACCUAUUUUAGACAAAGAGUGUCAAGUUCCUCUGCAAGUCUCUCUUGGCCUGACCUGAUUUUUUCUAGCUAUUACCUACAUCACUCUUGUAUGGCUUUCUUGAUGUGUUUUGUGGUCUAUUUCAACCCGAGGCAAGAAGCAGUGGCUCUACUUUGAGUCACUUUUGAAUGACGUUCACCUGAGACAGUCUCGCGACUUUCUUCAACCAAUACUUAACUGAUGAAACAACCUCUCAACGUUGACUUGACGAGCCUGUCUUCACAUUUGAUCCUUCUAACACAGCAAUGUCUCGAGUUUCCGACACUCUGUUCGUCUCCUUCUAAAUAUGUCCCACAUGUGUUUCCACACUGCCGCUCUGAGGUGCUACGGACGUCUCGCAGUGUUAUUGUGUCAACAGGGUUGACAGCUACUUCUCAAGGUGCCGUGGAAGUUAACCUGCGUAAGGUCGAUCAAAGUUAAAAACACACUGCCGAUGAGAUAUGUCACAUGGUUUGCUGUAUCAAGAAAGACAAAAGUAACACUGUCAAUGAGCUGCCUCUGCAUACUGAGGACACUUGUUUUAGUCUGGAGGAGCGAGUAACGAGUGUCCUGACCUCUGGUCUGAAGGUCAGGAAAUCCUCGAAGAGCCGCAGCUGGUUCUCGAGGUCAUAAUGAAGUGCUCACAGGAGUUGAUAUCAUCACAUCUCGUCAGGGUCGAGCGUCCUUGAAGAUGUGGGUGAUGCUCUUGAUCCGAGAGUGUCUGAGAGGAAAGGAGGUGUGAUCUUGCCGCCCUGUUGGUCAGACUGGACAUGAGUAAAAAUAGUUCUGGAGGAUCGACACCUGCAGCUGCAGCUUUUUUCUCAUUACACUCCAGUUGCACCUGAAAACUUGCUAAUACCUCUUUGAUAUUUGGAAAGAGUCACUUUGCCAAGUUGGGAAUGAGCCUGCUGAUAAAAGGGGCUGGGAUCUGUGGCUGAUUUUCAGGCUUGCUGAGUUUCCUCAGACUUGUGGCUGCUGUUACUGGAAGAUCAGCUCAGUGUUUUCUAGCUCCGUAAGUUCUCACACAUCUGCAGUUGUACCUUUUUAAAGACUCUUCUCUCUCCAGGUGUCGCCAUGAGCUCGGAUGCUGAGAUGGCCCAGUACGGGCCGGCGGCUGUCUUUCUUCGGAAACCGGAGAAAGAGAGAAUCGAGGCCCAGAACCGGCCGUUUGAUGCCCGCACUGCAUGUUUUGUGCCGGACCCCAAGGAGCUAUACGUCCGUGGAGUCAUCCAGAAGAAGGAGGCAAACAAGGUGGUCGUGAAGACGGAUGCUGAGACGGUGACGGUCAAGGAGGAAGACGUGCACCCCAUGAAUCCUCCGAAGUACGACAAGAUCGAGGACAUGGCCAUGAUGACUCACCUGAAUGAGCCGUCGGUGCUGUUCAACCUCAAAGAUCGUUACGCCGCAUGGAUGAUCUAUACCUACUCCGGUCUCUUCUGCGUCACCGUCAAUCCGUACAAGUGGCUGCCGGUCUACGACCCCGUGGUGGUGGCGGCCUACAGGGGCAAGAAGCGCAUGGAAGCUCCCCCUCACAUCUUCUCAGUGUCGGAUAACGCCUAUCAGAGUAUGCUGACUGAUCGAGAGAAUCAGUCCGUCCUUAUCACCGGAGAAUCCGGGGCAGGGAAAACCGUCAACACCAAACGUGUCAUCCAGUAUUUUGCGACAAUCGCAGUUUCUGGAGGAAGUGAGAAGAAGGAGCAGCCCUCGGGCAAAAUGCAGGGUACGCUGGAAGAUCAAAUCAUCUCCGCCAAUCCCCUGUUAGAGGCUUUCGGGAAUGCCAAGACUGUGAGGAACGACAACUCCUCGAGAUUUGGAAAAUUCAUCCGAAUCCACUUCGGAACGACUGGAAAACUGGCCUCAGCGGAUAUUGAAACUUAUCUGCUGGAGAAGUCCAGGGUGACCUUCCAGUUGUCUGAGGAGCGGAGCUACCACAUCUUCUACCAGAUCAUGACGGGGCACAAGCCGGAGCUCAUAGAAAUGCUGCUCAUCACGACCAACCCGUAUGACUUCCCCAUGAUCAGUCAGGGUCAGAUCUCAGUGGCGAGCAUCGAUGAUAAGGAGGAGCUGGUGGCCACGGACACUGCAACAGAUGUCUUGGGCUUCACCAACGAUGAGAAAUUGUCCAUCUACAAGCUGACAGGCGCUGUGAUGCAUUAUGGGAAUAUGAAGUUCAAGCAGAAGCAGCGUGAGGAACAGGCAGAGCCAGACGGCACCGAGGUGGCUGACAAGGUCGCUUUCCUCAUGGGCCUGAACUCUGCUGACCUGCUGAAAGGACUCUGUUACCCUCGAGUGAAAGUGGGGAACGAGUAUGUGACCAAAGGUCAGACGGUCCCCCAGGUCGCUAAUGCAGUUAGCGCUCUGGCUAAGUCCGUGUAUGAGAAGAUGUUCUUGUGGAUGGUCCUAAGAAUCAAUGAAAUGCUGGACACCAAGCAGCCGCGGCAGUUCUUCAUCGGCGUGUUGGACAUCGCUGGAUUUGAGAUCUUCGACUACAACAGCAUGGAGCAGCUGUGCAUCAACUUCACCAACGAGAAGCUUCAACAGUUCUUCAACCACCACAUGUUCGUGCUGGAGCAAGAGGAGUACAAGAAGGAGGGCAUCGACUGGGAGUUCAUCGACUUCGGCAUGGACCUGGCCGCUUGUAUCGAGCUCAUCGAGAAGCCGAUGGGUAUCUUCUCCAUCCUGGAAGAGGAGUGUAUGUUCCCGAAAGCCUCAGACACUUCCUUCAAGAAUAAACUCUAUGAUCAGCAUCUUGGGAAGAACAACGCCUUCCAGAAGCCCAAGGUGGUGAAGGGGAAGCCCGAGGCUCACUUCACUCUGGUGCACUACGCCGGCACAGUGGACUACAACAUCACUGGCUGGCUUGAGAAGAACAAAGAUCCUCUCAACGAGUCUGUCGUCCAACUCUACCAGAAGUCCUCAAUGAAAUUGCUGAGCUUCUUGUAUGCCACGUUUGCUGGAGCAGAAGGAGACUCUGGAGGUGACAAAGGGAAGAAAGGUGGCAAGAAGAAGGGCGGAUCCUUCCAGACUGUCUCUGCAGUUUUCAGGGAAAAUCUGGGGAAACUGAUGACCAACCUGAGGAGUACACACCCUCACUUUGUGCGUUGCCUGAUUCCCAAUGAGGUCAAAACUCCAGGUGUCAUGGACAAUCACUUGGUGAUCCACCAGCUCCGUUGCAAUGGCGUGUUGGAGGGCAUUAGGAUCUGCAGGAAGGGAUUCCCAAGCAGGAUUCUCUAUGCUGACUUCAAGCAGAGGUACAGGAUCCUGAAUGCUAGUGCCAUCCCAGAGGGCCAGUUCAUUGACGGCAAGAAAGCCUCCGAGAAGCUUCUGGGCUCCAUCGAUGUGGAUCACACUCAGUACCGCUUUGGUUCCACCAAGGUUUUCUUCAAAGCCGGACUUCUUGGGACUCUUGAGGAGCUCAGAGAUGAAAAACUGGCCAAUCUAGUGACUCAGACUCAAGCUGUGUGUCGAGCGUACCUAAUGAGAAAGGAAUUCUCAAACUGGAUCGCUCGAAGAGACUGUGUUUGGAUCCUCCAGUACAACCUGCGCUCUUUCAUGAACGUCAAACAUUGGCCAUGGAUGAAACUCUUCUUUAAGAUCAAGCCCUUGCUCAAGAGCGCUGAAACCGAGAAGGAGAUGGCAACAAUGAAAGAAGACUUUAUUAAGUGUAAAGAGGAUCUGGCCAAGUCAGAGAGCAAGCGGAAAGACCUGGAGGAGAAAAUGGUCUCACUUCUGCAGGAGAAGAACAACCUCCUCCUUCAAGUUCAAUCUGAUUCUGAGAAUCUGUGUGACGCGGAGGAGCGAUGCGAGGGCUUGAUCAAGAGCAAAAUCCAGUUGGAAGCCAAACUCAAAGAGGUGAGCGAGCGGCUGGAGGAUGAGGAGGAGAUCAACGGUGAGCUCACGGCCAAGAAGAGAAAGCUGGAAGACGAAUGCUCCGAGCUGAAGAAAGACAUUGACGAUCUGGAGAUGACGUUGGCCAAAGUGGAGAAGGAGAAACACGCCACGGAGAACAAGGUUAAAAAUCUUGUGGAGGAGCUGUCCGGUCAGGAGGAGAACAUUGCCAAACUGAGCAAAGAGAAGAAAGCUCUACAGGAGGCUCACCAGCAAACUCUGGAUGACCUUCAGUCAGAGGAGGACAAAGUCAACUCUCUGACCAAAGCCAAGUCCAAGCUGGAACAGCAAGUGGACGAUCUGGAGGGGUCACUGGAGCAGGAGAAGAAGAUCCGUAUGGACAUGGAGCGAGCCAAGCGGAAGCUUGAGGGGGAUCUAAAGCUGAACCAAGAAUCACUAAUGGAUCUUGAGAAUGACAAACAACAAUCUGAGGAGAGAAUAAAGAAAAAAGAGUUUGAAAACAGUCAGCUGCUCAGCAACAUCGGUGACGAGCAGUCAAUCAAUAACCAGCUUCAGAAGAAGAUGAAGGAGCUCCAGGCUCGAAUCGAAGAACUGGAGGAGGAGGUGGAAGCAGAGCGUGCCGUGAGGGCCAAGGUGGAGAAGCAGAGGUCGGACCUGGCCCGGGAGAUCGACGAGGUCAGUGAGCGGCUGGAGGAGGCCGGAGGAGCCACGGCUGCUCAGAUCGAAAUGAACAAGAAGCGGGAGGCAGAGUUUCUGAAACUGAGGCGCGACCUUGAAGAGGCCACGCUGCAUCACGAGGCCACGACCGCUGCGUUGCGCAAGAAGCAGGCAGACAGCAUUGCGGAGCUUGGAGAGCAGAUCGACAACCUGCAGAGAAUCAAGCAGAAGCUAGAGAAGGAGAAAAACGAGCUGAAGAUGGAGAUUGACGAUCUGACCAGCAACAUGGAGAUGGUCGCCAAAACCAAGAUAACUCUGGAGAAGACAUGUCGCUCCUUGGAGGACCAGAUCUUGGAGUUAAAGACCAAGAGCGAUGAAAACACUCGGCAAAUGGCUGAUCUUACCAAUCAGAGGGCUCGACUGCAAACUGAAAACGCGGAAUAUUCCCGCCAGUUGGAGGAGCGGGAGAGUCUGGUGUCCCAGUUGACCAGAGGAAAGCAGGGAUUCACCACUCAUAUUGAUGAGCUGAAGCGGCUGGUGGAGGAGGAGACCAAGGCGAAAAACGCUCUGGCUCACAGUCUGCAGUCAGCCCGCCAUGACUGUGACCUUCUCCGGGAGCAGUAUGAAGAGGAGCAGGAAGCUAAAGCAGAGCUGCAGCGGAAUCUCUCCAAGGCCAACAUGGAGGUGGCCCUGUGGAGGAACAAAUACGAGACGGAUGCCAUCCAGCGCACUGAGGAACUGGAGGAGGCAAAGAAAAAGCUGGCACAGCGCCUCCAGGAGGCUGAGGAGCAGAUUGAAGCAGUGAAUGCAAAGUGUGCCUCCCUAGAGAAAACCAAACAGCGGCUUCUCAAUGAGAUGGAGGAUCUGAUGGUUGAUGUGGAGCGUUCCAACAGCUUGGCGGCGACUCUAGACAAGAGGCAGAGAAGCUUUGACAAGGUCCUGUCCGAGUGGAAGCAGAAGUAUGAGGAGUCGCAGGCGGAGCUAGAGGGAGCUCAGAAGGAGUCUCGCUCUCUCAGCACGGAGCUGUUCAAACUGAAGAACUCAUACGAGGAAGCUCUGGAUCACCUGGAGACCAUGAAGAGGGAAAAUAAAAAUCUUCAACAGGAGAUCUCAGAUCUGACUGAGCAGAUUGGUGAGGGCGGCAAGACUAUUCAUGAGCUGGAGAAGUUCAAGAAGCAGGUGGAGGCAGAGAAAUAUGACAUGCAAACAGCAUUGGAAGAAGCUGAGGCGUCCCUGGAACAAGAGGAGUCCAAGAUCCUCUGUAUUCAGAUGGAUCUGAAUCAGGUGAAGGCGGAGGUGGACCGCAAAGUGGCAGAGAAGGACGAGGAGAUCGACCAGAUGAAGAGGAACCACCAGAGGGUGAUGGAAUCUAUGCAGACCACGUUGGACGCUGAGGUCCGCAGCAGGAACGACGCUUUGAGAGUGAAGAAGAAGAUGGAGGGAGACCUGAACGAGAUGGAGAUCCAGCUGAGCCAUGCUAACAGGCAGGCGGCUGAGGCCCAGAAGCAGCUGAGGACCAUACAGGGACAACUGAAGGAUGCUCAGAUUCACCUGGACGACUCUGUGAGGGCUCAGGACGACAUGAAGGAGCAGGUUAACAUGAUGGAGCGCAGGACCACCCUGAUGCAGGCCGAGAUCGAGGAGCUGAGAGAAGUGGUGGAGCAGACGGAGCGGAGCAGGAAGAUGGCGGAACAGGAGCUGGUGGACGCCAGUGAACGGGCUGGACUUCUGCACUCUCAGAACACCAGCCUGCUGAACACCAAGAAGAAACUGGAAAAUGAUGUCACUCAACUUCACGGGGAGAUAGAGGAGGCAGUGCAGGAGGCCCGGAACGUUGAGGAGAAGGCCAAGAAAGCCAUUACUGAUGCGGCUGUGAUGGCAGAGGAGCUGAGGAAAGAGCAGGACACCAGUGCUCACCUGGAGAGGAUGAAGAAGAACCUGGAGGUGUCUGUGAAGGACCUGCAGCAUCGCUUAGAUGAGGCAGAGAACCUGGCCAUGAAGGGUGGCAAGAAACAGAUGCAGAAACUGGAAGCCAGAGUGCGUGAGCUGGAGAGUGAGCUGGAUGCUGAACAGAAGCGUUCAUCUGAGUCCAUCAAAGGUGUGAGGAAGUAUGAGCGCAAAGUGAAGGAGCUCACCUAUCAGGCUGAGGAGGACAAGAAGAACAAUGUGCGACUGCAGGACUUGGUGGACAAGCUCCAGAACAAGAUGAAAGCCUACAAACGCCACGCUGAAGAAGCUGAAGAGCAGGCCAACAUGUACAUGGCUCGGUGCAGGAAAGCUCAGCACGAGUUGGAGGAAGCUCAAGAGAGAGCUGACGUGGCUGAAGCCAAUGCCAACAAGCUGCGAGCUAGGACCCGCGAGAUUGGGUCAAAGACUGCCGGCACUUACAGCAGGUACAGCAUCGUCACCUACCUGAUAGCUCAUUCUCCAGCUCCCGAACCUGAAACAUGAGUUUGGCAAUCUUGAGACUCCACUGCUGCUCAGCCUCGUCCAGACGGUGCUGCAGGUCCUUCACGGUUAUCUCCAGGUUCUUCUUCAUCCUCUCCAGAGCGCCGAGCAGUCCAGCUUUAAAGAACACCUGCAAGAGAAGGCAGACUUCAGUAGGGAACCCUCAUAUGCCAACCACCAAGUCGACCCGAGACCUUUGUGUGUCCAAACUUGUACUGGGCGUGGUCCACGUCGAUGGAUCCCAGAAGCUUCUCAGCUGCCUUCUUGUUAUCCAUGAACUGACCUUCUGGAACAGCGCUGGCGUUGAGUAUCCUGUACCUGUAAGAGUUUGCUUGUUGGUUUGAAGUCAUCCCUAAUGUCGCUGUGUCGUCUACCUUUGCUUGAAGUCUCCAUAGAGGAUCCUACUUGGGAACCCCUUCCUGCAGAUC